AUGUUGUUUCAGAAUAUCCUCAUUGCCGCUUCCAUCGGCCUCGCAGCCGCCUCUCAAUCCUCAGGCCGAGAAUGCGGUCGCAAGAUCGCACCGUGUCCUGAAGACACCACCUGCAAGCCAAUUCUUGCCAACUGCAAAGACAUCAACAAAUGCUCAGGCAUGUGUUACUUCAAGAACGAAUAUCAAACCUGUGGAGGCUUCCGCGCCACGCCUCCUCCGCCCUGCAAGAAGGGCACUCACUGCGUUGAUGACCCUCGGACUCCUGGUGACUGCGGCAUGGCUUGUGACAAGCCUGGUAUCUGUGCGCCCAACAAACCGCACACAUGCGGCGGAAUCAUCGGAGAGAAGUGUCCCAAGGGUCUGUACUGCUAUGAUAAUCCGUCGGAUGACUGCGAUGCUAAGAAGGGAGGCAAUGAUUGCUCUGGAAUUUGCCUGUAG